UUUCUGCUGUUGGACAUCUUUCGUGCCCUCCAUUCUUCCCUUCCUGCCUUCGUCACCGAUUUCCCUCGCAGGUUUGUCUUCCUCCUUCGUAAUAUCUUCUGCUCCUUCUGUCUACUCAUAAAUUUCAGUUUCGUUAUUUUGGAUUUUGGGUACGGUUUUCGGUCCGUCAUGAGUGGGCAGCGCAGAAAGCGUUACACUUUCAACUCAGAUGCAUCGUCCUCAUUAAACGUUUCUGGUCAUCAACGUAAGUGUCGCCGGUUAAUGCCCUUACUUCCUCUUGACUUGGCUUCGCCUUUACCUUCUUAUGACGACUGUGGCGAUUGUUCGUUGUUGUGUGAAUAUUGUGGUGCCUUUUUUUGGUUUGUUGAGCGGGUAAUUUCGUUAUCUCACGUUAAUCAUCCACGUUACACCCGAUGAUCUUUUAGGCAAAAUAUCAGAGCUUAUAACAGCAUGUUUGCAAUGACAUCCUUUGGGGCUGAAAUUGAUGAGGACAUUAACAGGGGUGGCGAUCCUUAUGUUUUCAAAGUCACCGGUCAGGUCUCACAUUGGAUAGGUUCUUUAUGUCCUGAAGAUAAAAAGCCCCCAAGGUUUUUACAGCUUUAUGUUGUUGACUCGGAACAUGAGGUUUCCAACAGAUUGUCAUCUUUUCAGGAUGGCUCAAAACAUCCCUUGGAUGGAAGGAUUGUGCAGUUGCUAAUGGAUACAUUGACCACUCAUAAUGAAUAUAUUCGUACUUUCAAAACUUCCCAAGAAAUAGCUGCCGAAAGUAGUCUAGACUCGUAUGCAGUUUGCCUUUUUAAUGAUGUUCCUCAUCGACGGUAUGGUCCACCCGCUCCCGGAAGUCUAGGUUGCAUUGUUUACGGUGAUGACACUAUUGCUAAUAAGUAUGAUAUCAUUAUAUAUUCCAAGUCUGGUGUUCCACAACAAGUCAGUAAGCUCCACCCGAGCUACAUGGCGCUACAAUACCCUUUACUUUUUCCUUAUGGUGAAGAUGGAUGGUCCCUGCGGUUGAAACUGUUAAAUGAAACAAGCUCCAAAGCCAGAAAUCUCACGGGGCGUCUUGACUAUUUCCAAAAUAACCAGGAUCGCCUCAGGUCAGAAUACAUCAGUGGGAUUUAUGACGCACUUUCCAGAGGGGACAACGAAAGUCGUUCCAUUGGGAAGCGGGUUCUGUUGCCGCCCUCCUUUGUUGGUGGACCCUGUUACAUGUAUAGCCAUUAUCAAGACGCGUCAUCCAUCUGCAGAGAGCAUGGAAAUCCACAGUACUUUAUAACCUUCACGUGCAAUGUCAACUGGCCUGAAAUUAGACGGUGAAAGCGUUGAUUACAUUUCUGAAGGAGGACAAAACUUUUGGGGACGUCACAGCCUAUUUGUAUACAAUCGAAUUCCAAAAGCGUGGUUUUCCCCACUGCCACACACUUUUAUGGAAUUAGGCUAUGCAUCUCCUGGAACAGAACUACACGUACGAAUCUUACGUUUCUGGACACCAGAAUACCGGACUUAUGAGACUUGGUUUUUGGCUGUCGACAAAUAUGGUGAUGCUAUUCAGAUUCUUGGACAACGAAAAGAUCAAAGAUAUGUGCAAUUUGUGUUCACUGUCUCAAAGUGCUAUGCAAUUUCUAAAUAUGGUUGCGGUGAAUCGGAUUCUUACCAAAAUUGGCUGGACAAACCAAUAUUGAUUGCUGUUGGUAUGGGUUCAUCUAUCAGAGAAAUUCUUGACACAAUCACCAUUCCCAAAUAUUGGUUCUAUUUUAUAUCGAAAAAUCAAAUACCCGACUAUGUCAACUUAUGUCCAGGAAUAUUUCUCAAAUUUGUGAACUACACCAAGAAAGACGGUCAACCAUUCACCCUUCUUAUCCUCUCAAACGAUUCUGGUGAAGAAAUUGCUAUCAGCUUAUGGAAAGAAUGCACAGACAUACCUGGAAGGUUCAAUCGUUCUGCUAUUGAAAAUGCAUGCAGUCCAGCUGUACUUGCUGUAACAAAUGUUAAAGUUACACCUAUUGCCGGUACACUGAGACUAGGAACAACAUGUGUGAGUCACGUAUACAUCAAUCCACCUAUCGGAGACAUAACCGCACUUAUCGAGAGACACAGAACAAAUCAAACUUCAAAAACCAUAUUUGGACCAACUAUAUCAUUGCACGACAUGAAUCAGAAAACCCAUUCCAAGCUUCUGGAAAAGACAUUCAUUGUCAAUACAUCUGUGAUGGGCUUCACGUUUACAGACACCUGGUAUCAGGUAAUCUGUCCUGAUUGCAAAACACCAACUUUCAAACAAGGAAAGAAUUGGUUCUGCCCAUCUGAUGGAAUACUUAAAUCUCCAAGUUCAAUAUUCAAACUUGUGGCAACAAUAGUUUACCAGACCGACUCUAUGAACGUCAUACUAUCCGACAAUGUUGCACAAAAGCUGUUAGGAGCACGGUCGGAUGAAUUGAUAACAGAAGACAAUCCUGAUCAUCGGAAAACAUUGCCAUUGCUAUCUGAGAAAAUUAAACGUUUACCAAUCAAAAUGGUGGUGCGUAUGACAAAAACAUCCACGCGACAACAUUCGCUUCAUGAUAACUGACGUUGAAGACAAUGUGGUUCAACAAUCUCUAGCUCUGACAAAACCUCCCACAAACAUUUCAUUACCCUCAUACCCAAUGGACAAGACAAGCACAUCAUCAUUGAAACAUGAACCUUCCAAAGUUAGAAGGGCUUUAACAUUUAAUGAGACAGAUGUAGAAGAAUCGAUGUCACAACCAAAACGUCAACGUCAUCCAUGACAACUCCUUUAUGACACCUUUUGUGUUUCCUAAUACUUACUAUGACUUCCAAACUCUAAUUGCUUUUGUAUAUCAAAUAUCCGUGUGUAAUAUCCGAACUAUAACAAGCAAAUCCUCUGCAUCUGUAGAAAUGUUAUGGAAGUUAAUGUGACUAUAAAAAAAA